AAAAAAAGAUGUCCCAAAGGAAAUUUGCAUGAUACUUCAUAGAUGAAAAAAAGGAUGCCUGAGUAACUUAGCUCAUUAUACAAUGAGGAGGGAAAUAGAAGAUUGGAGGAGAGAAACUGCUGUGGUGGUUGUCUCUGUGGAUGGGGGGAACAUAAUGAUGCUUAACGCAAGUCAAUGAUAAAAUACUGCACCAAACCAGACAGAACUUCCUUUAUUCUGGCUUACUCCAUGAGUUAUAGUUUUAGUGGAGCUUCAUUACUUGAUUCUGGUUGAAAUUGUAUACAAUUAAAAUUUGCUAGUUUCAUUUUGAAUAUACUCAUAGUCCUCUGAUACAUGUUAGUAGUUUGCUUUUUUCUUCAGCAAGUCGGAGCUCCUUUAAAUAUAUGAUACAGAUUUUACAACUCAAGCCCCCACAGAAGGACCUACAGACUGGAGUGAGGAAAAUGUGACAUAUCCAGAGUUAAUUUCUAUGGAGGCAACCCUGUUGUUGAUAGAAACAUCUGAUGAAGUGGUGGAAAAAAAUGUGACAAUAGGAAACCCUGCUAGCAUAGAACUAAGAUGUAACUUCAGUACUAGCAGGCAUCCACAAUUUGUGUAUGUAUUUUGGAAAAAAGGUAAUGAUCGGAUCAAUACAACAAGUAGCGUCAGAGUCUUUGAAAAUAUUAUGCAAGCUUAUAUCAGGUUGAUUGUCACUGAUAAGGUGCAUAUGGAUAGCUACUCUUGUAUUUUUGAAGGGAUAAAGGAUCGAAAGGGCACAUUUCACUUUAAAGUUCCUGAAAUUUAUACAAAAGAAAAGCCAUUGGUGAAUUAUGAACGGGACUCUGUUGUCUUGAGUUGUAACAGUGAAAAAUUUGUUGCUUUGCAGUGGUUCUGGUAUGCUAGUAAUGGAAGUGAAAAGGUUCCCAUUGACCUUACGAUGAAAAACAAGUAUGAAAUUCUACCAUCCAAAUAUAAUGAAACAAAACUAAAGAUAAAGCAUCUCCAAACAACAGACAGUGGACCAUACUGGUGUCGUGCAAUAUUCCUCCUAGGAGAGAGUGAAGGAAAACAGAACCUCAGAGUGCUAACCUUCCUAGUGCCACUCAAACCAUUUCUUGCAGUAAUUGCUGAAGUUAUAAUUUUAGUAACUGGUAUUUUUCUCUAUGAAAUGUACACCAAAAGGAAACAGCUACCCUCAGAAAGUGGAAAUAAUUUUGAACAAGGUGAACAACUAAAGUCAGAAGAUCACAAUGGAGUACAGAAGAAUAAGCAAAAAACUAGGUACAGAAAGAGUGAAGUCAAUGUGAAUUAAUGCUCCAAUUAAAGGAAGUUUCAAGCCAAGAAAAGAAAAACCAUUUGAUAAUGAAGAAUCCUGGAAAGCUGUGUUCAUAGUUGCACAUUUCAAGAUUAUUUAUGCUUUCUCUUAAGGGUAUAUGGCUUUUCUUGUUGCUUUAAAGAAUGAAAUACCUUGCAACAAAAACAUGAUACCAUUCUUGUGCUUGAGAAAUUACUUCAUAAAUGCUGUAUACUUAUUCCAGGGUUGCAGGUAUAUUUUCAUGCUGUGAUUAUUUCACAAUAUUAGUGAAAACAAAAGUAUUGUUACUAUUUGAAUAUGCAGAUGCUAACACUUUCUUUUCUGUAAAAUGAUGCUCAUCAGGGUUUCCCCUAGUGUUAUGAAGAUAUUACCUUUACAUUAGUCUUUAAUGAACAUGCAAAACAGAUACCAGCAAAAAGCCUUAAUAGAUUACUUGUGCAUUAAAAAAAAAAAAGAAUCACAACAACCAAAGAUAUCAUUAAAGGUAAAACUUUUGCCAUGUGUCUUAAUAAAAUAUUGAAAUAUUUUGAAGGGGUAACAAAAUGUAAGAUGGAAAAAUGAUAAUUUAAAGGAUCAUUGUUAGUGAAAAGGUAUUUUAUUAAGUUGAGAAAGGCGGCAUAUCAUAGUGGCUAGAGAAUUGGCCUUGAAUCCAGGAAGAUUAGGAUUCAAUUUCUUUGCCUGACAACUAAUGGCUCUGCAAAUUACUCAUCUUCUCAGAAGUCUAGGCAACUUUUAAAAUUCUUAAAUUGCAUAGAAAAUGCCAAUGUUUAUUGGUAGAGAGAGUUUCCUUAAUACACUCUAUACCAGUGACAUCACAAUUUUUAGUUCUUAUCCCCAUCCCUAAUUGGGAAAGCAGUGCCUUCUUUCUUUGUCAAAGAUGUGCAUUAUUUCCCGUUAAAAUAACCUUUUACCUAUGACUUUUAGUACAAUGAAGCAUGAAAACAAUUUUAUUAUAUCAUUUGAUUAGAUUCAUAACUUAUAACCCUUACACCAAGAUCAAUUUGUCAUUUCCUUUUCUCUUACCUUCUCAUAUUAAGGCCAUCUUGCUCCCUAGUUUUAGUGUGGGGCUAUUUAAAAUGUGAAGACAAUCAUUUAGGACUAGUGGAGAUUUCCAGAGAUUUAAUUCUUCACAUAUGGCUACCCAACACUGAGUUUUUUUUUCUUUUAUUAUGUAGCAUUACUAUUAGAGAUGGCUUGUCCUAUAUGUGAUAUGUGGAGAUGAUUGUUCCUAUAUAUCUUUUAACAUUUAUUCUGGGAUUUCCCCCUAGACCUUACUCCAGAGAACUGAACACAUUGGCUUUACCAAAGCUCCUUAAACUGUGGGCCACAAUCCUAUGUGUGUGUAACUGAAUGUGGGAAUUGUGAAAUUAUGAUUUAUUAUUAGUAAAUGUUUGAUUUAUAUACCUAUAUACCCUGGGUUGUAUAAAAAUUUCUUAGGCAAAGAGAUUCCUUUAAAUGACAGAAGUUAUGAUAUCCUGAAUGAACUGGAAUAAUUUUAGGACAUAGUUUAUUUCUUGUCAUAGUUAGAAUGAGUUGUUGUUUAAAAGUGCUUCCUAAAAGAAAAAAGAACAAACUUUUUGUCAUUUUUUUUUGGUUGGUUAAAAUGCUUUUGUUGAAGAUACUGUUGAUGUAUAUAUAAAUGUCCAAAUAUUGUUUAUUUCAUUUACUUCAAAUCAAUUGGGAUAUGAAUUCAUGUGAUGUUUUUAAUAACUAUUUUUGAUUUAAAUAUCAAAGUCAUAUUAUAAGUAAUAUUUUAUUUUGCUUAGUUUUGUAUCUUAUAUAUCCAAUGAAUUUUGAGAACAAUAAAAAUUGAUUUCUCUCUUUUUUAAUAUAUUAUGGUUAAAAUAGUACUAUGAACUUUAUAUCAAGACAGUUUGAAUUUUCUUGUGUGAUUUAGCCUUGAUUAUUCUGAAAACUAAAAUAAUUCUCCAGAGAGUCUUUUCAUCAAUUAGUCACUCAGGAACCAUUUUUAAAUGACUACUAUCUUCUUGGUAAGUAGCCUGAAUCUAUUAAAUAGCAGAAGACUUGUUCUGAUUUAGCUUGUUUAACCCCAGAUGUAUGAACAUUAAUAAAUUUCAUCUAUUCCUGAGAAGAUAGUUAACAUAGUUAACAUGAUAAAAAAAAAAAGAAUGUAAGAAAUGUAGUUAACUUUGACUUUGUUAUGGCCAUGAUGCUCAUUGCGUUUUCUCAGUUGUGCUUUCUGCAGUGUUGGUGAGAGCAAACGGUGGAUGAUAGUGGAGAAGUACACAUUGGUAUUAUUAAUGAUUCUUUUCUAGCAUUGUAGAAUGAGAGAGAUGGUAGCAGACCUGGAUAGUAUUACCUGACUUGAGUUUCAAGUUGCUCAGGCACUGUAUACUAGCUUGAAAAUGUAUCUACAUGUUGCUUUGGGUGACUUCAAUAGGCAAAAAUUACUUUAGGGAAAUGUUAGCCAAAAAAUUAAUAUAGUUUGUGUCUCAUUGCUGCCUUACUAAGUGCUAAUGUUUCUUUAAAAUGAGAAUGUAGCAUAUGACCAUUACUUAAAUGCAACUCAAGGAAGGCAUUUUUAAGUAAGAAUGGUGCCAAUAUUUCUGAGGUACCCUAGGUUUUGCAAGGCAUUUUCUUUACAAUAUCCCCAUGUAGUCAAAGAACAACAAUUAUUAUCCCUAUUUUCAGAUGAAAAAUUGAGGCUCUGAGAUUUCCCCAUUAUAUAGUGACUCAGGUAGGAUUUGAAGCCAAGUCUCAUUCAUAGUAUUAUCCUUGAUAACACUCAUACUGAGGCAAAAAUCUUCUAUAAUUAUGUUUAAAGAUCUUGGAUAUUUGACAUUCUUGUGCCUCACCCUAGCAGUAUUGCUAUAGUAGAAGAAAAUUACACAAUUCAGAAAUUAUGCAAACAUACAAGUCCAAUGAUUAAUUAUAGAAUAAAAAAGGAAAUGAUGAUGUUGACUUAGAAUUCAAAUUGUGAAAAUUAUUAAGAAAUACACAUAGAAGUGAUCAUCAUUUAUUUUAAAAAAUUUAAAAAUUUAAAAUAUUGAUAUUAGUGGACAAUCAAAGAAAUUGUGACAGUAGUGCUGAUUCUAUGUUUGUUAAGUGCAGUCAUUUUCUUUACAGAUGAGUACUGUUAAAUGAAAGUGCCACCUCUAAAUGAUGCUAUAUUCCCCUAAUCUUCAACCUCCCAGCUAAAGUCUUUGUAUUUAUGUUGUUUGGAAGUAUCUCAAGUCUGAAUAGAUUUAGAAAUGUUGCUUCCAGCAUUACUGAUCAAUUAGAUCAGUUCUGUUUGAACAACCUAUCGUUUAUUUCAUAGGGAAAGCUCAGGCAAGUAGCUGUUUGAUUGAAUAAACCAGUCUAUUAAAUCUAAGUAAGUGAUGUGUUUAGUAGUCCUGACAAGACAUAGUUUGAAACAUUUUUAUCUUGGCAAGUUAAUAAUUGAUAAAUUCUCAAAUAUUCACACUAUACUUUCACUUUACUCAUUUACUCCCAUGUAUUUAGUGUGAAAUAAUUUUCAAGGAUGAAAAUUUGCUAUUUCAUAGUAGCCUAAAAUAUUCAUAUAGUAAAUUGAUUUUUUUAAGUAGCAUUGCUUACUAUAACUUUUUCCUCCUCCUGGAAAAAAACUUUGUUGAUAAGUACAUGGAUCAAUAGAAUAUAUUCUAUGAAUAAUAAAGUGAAGGUACACCUUUUCCAGAGUCUUCCUAGAGGUUACAUUUUACAAGAAAACAGAAAUGAUCUUAGCCAAACUCAUGCACAUGCUAAAUAGAUUGACUAAUGAGGGACUGAGCUAGCCAAGUGAUUCUAGUGCCUAAGCUGCUCCAUAAUGUAGUUAUACACUUGGGAAAAAUACAUUAAAUUUGUCAUGCUAACAGUGUACUGUCUCAGUGUAAUAAAUAAAGCCUCAUUAAGUUUGUCAGUAGCAUGCUUCCUAAAAUAUCUAAAGGCAUUACUUUUCAGGGUAAUGUACAAAUUCAAUGGAAAGUCAUUGAUUUCACUUAAUUGGUAGGAAAUUCUGUCUGAAUUAGAGAAAAGUCUGAACUACAGAAUAGUUUCAAAGAGAAACGUUGGUUGUACCAUUUAUAACAAUGAGCACAUAAUGAAAAUUAGUGGUAAACAGAACUCCUGCAGACUUUCUUUAAUGACCAACUGAGAAAUCUUCUUGAUUUGUCCUUUUUAUGUAUGGAUAGUUCUAAAAUGGUUGGGAUAUCUUAUUAUCCUAUUAUCCUUUCCUAAGUCUCUAAUCUCUUCAUUUAUUUCAGAAUCCCACUUUUUCCCUUACAGACAAUGCAAACAUUAGCAUCAGGCUGUCUCAUGUUUUAAUUCUCACAAAUUCCCAAUUGGGCUCAAUUAGUGAGACUUGUGUAUUUAUGUACCCUAGUAUUGCAUAUUCAAAUAGGUAUUGUCAUGAUCAAUUGUGCUUGGUUCUUGCCUUGAAAGACAAUACAGAUGGCAAGUUUUGAAAAUUUGAACUCAAAGGAACUUCAAAGGAAAGGAAAGUAUAAAUUAGCAGAAUUUUCUGUUCUUGGCCAAGUUUAUUAAAAAUAUGAAUAAGACAACCAAUUAUCAACUCCCUCAGCAGUUUCUCUGGCUCUUCAUUUCAGUCACUUGUAUGGAUUUCUACUUAGGUAUUUAUCAUUCAGCUAUCUUGUAUUUAUUUAUAGGACAAAGAUUCUAUUUUUCAUUAAAUAAGCAAGCAAAAAAACACAUCUCAAAAUGGAAGUAGGCACAGAUACUUUAAUAUUUACAUGAGAUAGUAUCUUGUGUAGGGUAGCAGUACAAUAAGCAUUUCAAAUGAGUUGGAGUUGGAAGGAUGCAAAGAGAUCAAGAUCAGCCCUUUCAUUUUAUAGUUGGUAAAAGUGAAGGCAGAAGGAGAUGAAGUCAUUUACACGAGAUCACAGAAAACAAUUAGCUGAGCCAGAAUUAGAACUAGCAUUCUCUUACUUUCAAAUUCAGUACAAUACCCUUCUAGAAUGAAUAAGUUUUUCUGUGACCAUUCAACUAUGAAAUGACUACCGCUUAUCAUUUUUGUGACCAUAAGUCAUAUGACUUUUUGGGCACUCAGUUUCCUAGCCUGUAAAGUAAGGUUAUUGUAGCUCUAAAUCCAUGACCCUAUUGUUUUAAAGAAUUAAAGUUAUCAAGUCACUAUAUGUUUUUCCCCCUUUGGUUAUAAUGAAACAAUUGUCAAUACAAGCAUUUUUCUGCUUUUAACAAUGACUAAGAGAUCCACCCUUAACAGCUAUUUUUUAAAGUGGCUAAUUACUAGAAUAUUAUUGACAAAUGUGGCUGUUACCGAGCUUGUGGAUUUUUGUUUAGCAACUUAAAUAUAAAAUAACAAGAUAAAUUGGGGUGGGGAAUCAAACCAACAUAUGAAUAUCCAUUUUAGGAGUAUUAAGUUUUAUAAAUAAUAAUAUUUGCAAGACACAUUGUAGACAUGGCAGGUCAUCUCAAUAUUGUCAUGUCUCUGUGGAAUGGAAACAGUCUGAAAUACCUUAGAGAAUGAUUUAACACUUAAAAAUUUUCUUGCCUGGUCUUGGGAGACAUUAUGCAAAACAAAUAGCCAGAUACAGCUCCUUCUAAUACUCUGUAUAACCAACUAAAUAGCUGAUUUUGAUGCUUUUCUAUGGAUAAUAAAAAAAAUUAAGUCUGCUACUAUAUAAGAUACAAGUUUUUGUUUAAUUCUUUGCUUAACAAGUCAAAACUUGUUUAAUCAAGUCAAAGAUUACUAAAGGAAACAUAAUUUUAAAAAUUAUCUUUAGCAAAUCACAAGAUGAGGACUCAGUUCUUCCUACAUCUAAGUCAAAGGGAAAAAAUUUCCAUUAGCAAUAUGUUAAAGCACUAAUAAAAACAGUUGUUUAAUAUAUUAUCUAUUAUUUUCAAUACUUGUAAUUAUUUUACAAUUAUGGAAAUUAAGAUGUUUCCUCAAAUAUGAAACAGUUCAGGAUAAUUGUUUUAUUUUUUCUCAUUAUCCUCAAGAACACAUAUAAUUGCUCAUAAAUGCCUUACUGUAUUUUAUAAAGAGUACAGAAUGUAUCAGUUUCAAAAUGUUUAUCUGUUUCAGAAUGAAUGAAUGCAACAGAAACUAGGGAUCUAUUGUGUGAAAUUUAAAUUUGUGAAUUGGAGUCUGUUCAUUUUUUAAAAAAUGUUUCAUUCUUUAUAAAUGCUAAACUGUGAAUGUAUUAAUCCAAUGGCAAACUAUAAAUAUAUUUUCUUUUGCUUUAUAA